AAGAAGGGGAAGAAGAAAAAGAAAAGAAAGAAGUGUGAUCGUAAGGAGCGCAUGAGAUGAUGAUAUGUGCUCCAUCACGGUUCGCUUCUUUCCUUUUCUUCUUCAUCCUCUUUUCCUUUUUCAUUCAAAAUGUAUGUCUUGCUAAGCCAAUGAAUGUGAUCGACAAAUGUUGGAGACAAGAUACCAAUUGGCGCAAUCAUCGACAACGUUUAGCCAGAUGCUCCGUCGGAUUUGCCGGAAAAAUGACUAAUAAUAUUGGAAAAGGAACUAUCCGAUAUAUAGUUACCGACCCAAGCGACGAUCCUUUGAGUCCUAAACCCGGAACCCUAAGGUAUGGAACAUUAAUAGAAGGAAAAACAUGGAUCACAUUUAGAAAGAACAUGAAGAUCAAACUUCAGAAAGUCCUUCUAAUAAGUAGCUACAGUACCCUCGAUGGUCGUGGCGUUGAUCUUCACAUCGAGGGCAAUGCAUGUCUUGUAAUCUAUAAGGCUAGCAACGUGAUAAUACAUGGGAUUCAAAUUCACCAUUGCAAGGCUCAGAGCCCAGGCUUGGUGAUGGGGCCAGGAGGGAAGAUCAUGCCACUAGGCCCAAUGGAUGGGGAUGCCAUCGGAGUGGUGGAUGCAUCAAAUGUUUGGAUUGACCACAAUACCCUCUACUCUUGUGAUGACGGUCUUCUGGAUGUCACCGCCGGUUCUACAAACGUGACAAUCUCCAACAACUGGUUCAAGAACCAAGAGGGAGUCAUGCUCCUCGGCCACGACGACAGUUACUUACGAGAUCAAAGAAUGAAAGUCACCAUUGUUUUGAACCGUUUCGGACCCAACUGCAACCAGCGUAUGCCUAGGGUAAGGUAUGGAUAUGCACACGUAGUCAACAACUUGUACCAAGGGUGGAAGCAAUAUGCAAUUGGUGGAAGCAUGCACCCCAUCAUCAAGAGCGAAUCUAAUGACUUUAUUGCUCCCCAAUCAGGAAACAAAGAGGUAACUUGGAGAAAAGGUGUUGACCGUAACAGCAAGCCAUGGACUUUCUACUCUGUAAAUGAUUUCUUCGAAAAUGGAGCUUAUUUCAAGUCAACAGGAAAAAAUGGAUUCAUACCUAGUUACAAUAAUGAACAGAAGUUCCAUAUUGCUAAGGCCAAAACCGUAAAAAUCUUAACAUCUUCAGCCGGAGCUCUGAAGUGCUCAAAGGCAUUGACAUGUUGAAAAUUUUAGGCAACAAAAUACAUUUGUAUAGCCAUCAUUUGACGCUUUUUCUGUAGCCACUUUUUUAUAAUGACCAUCUAGGCAAAUUUAGAAUGCUUGUUUAUAUCCAUUUUGCGUUUAGAAAUUUUAAUUGUGUCAAAAAUCUCAGUAACGUAAUUAACGAUAAACUAAGGUGAAUGUA